AUGAAGUUUCCGGUCGACUUUGAAAGCAAGGAGGCCGUAGGUAUUCCGCCAUAUGACCUAUCGUCUGUGGACAACCGAACGAUACCAGCUGCCAUGGUGUUUAGUUCAGGCACCUCAGGAAAGCCAAAAGGGGUGGUCUUAUCUCAUCAUAAUCUGAUAGCGCAUCUGCUUACUGUGAGGACAACAAAUCCGUUUGUGUAUAAUGCCCAAGUCAGGGAGGUGUUCUAUCCUUCCUUCGCUCAUAUCUAUGGCGUCACGUCUGGGAUACUCGUCCCUGCGUGGACCGGAGGCUACGUUGUAGCGAUGAAGCAUUACGACUUCUUGCCGUAUUUGCAACGCUGUUCAGAGAUCAAGGGAACUAUACUCAGGCUCGUGCCAGCGACUGCCAUUAGGUUAGUCAAGGACCCUGCCUCGAGGGGCUUGGACUUGACGACGGUGAAGACCGUUAUGUGUGCAGGGGCAGCAUUGCCGCCGGAAAUCGUUACAGGGCUUCAAUCUAUCCUUGACCCGGGAACCACUGUUCUCAAUGGCUACGGGAUGAGCGAGGCCACGAUAGCACUGCAGAGAGAUACCAGAUCGGCCAAGGCAGGUAGUGUCGGGAAGCCGGCUUCGGGUGUGUCCAUCAGGGUAGUGGACGACAAUGGAGGCGACGUGCGGCCAGGAGAGGAUGGCGAGUGCCUGGUCCAGACACCAACUGUUUUCAUGCACUACAAGGAUAACCCUUCCGAAACUAAGGCAACUUUUGACGGACGGUGGUUGAAAACAGGCGACGUUGUUAGGGUCGAUGAUGAUGGCUUCUUCUGGUUGACGGGGAGGAAAAAGGAACUCAUCAAGUACAAGGCAAAUCAGGUUGCUCCGGCAGAGCUCGAAGCUAUCCUUCUUGAGCAUCCCUUGGUUAGCGAAGCUGGAGUAUGUGGUAUGUAUGACGAAUCAAUGGACACAGAGGUUCCGGCGGGGUGUGUUGUUUUGGCUCAAGAAGCCAAUAGAAGGCAGCAACAAGAACACCUCAAAACGCUCAAGAGCUAUCUGGACAAUCGAGUGGCACCGUACAAGAAGCUGCGGGGUGGGAUAUAUGCUGUGAAGAGUUUGCCAAAAGGGAGUACCGGGAAGUUACUUAGAAGAGAGCUGCCUUCAUUGAUUGGGGACGCUAAGCGUCAGAGGUCGUGUCUCUGA